CUCCCUUCCCCUCUUCCCUUACCCCCAAGGUUCCCCCUACUGCCCUCCCCCACCUUCAGCUGCUCAUGGCAUCAGAAGCAGAGAAAACGUUCCAGCGAUUUGCUGUCUUCGGAGAAUCAUCAAGCAGUGGCACUGAAAUGAACAACAAAAAUUUCUCUAAACUGUGCAAAGACUGUGGCAUCAUGGAUGGCAAGGAAGUCACCUCCACUGAUGUGGACAUCGUGUUCAGUAAAGUGAAGGCCAAGAAUGCCCGAACCAUCACAUUUUCAGAGUUUCAAGAGGCAAUGAAGGAGCUGGGCCAGAAGCGGUUCAAGGGGAAGAACCCAGAUGAAGCCCUGCAGGCUGUUUUUAAACUCAUGGAAGGCAAGGACCCUGCCACCACUGGAGUUACUAAGGCAACAACAGUAGGUGGAGUAGAUCGUCUGACAGACACCAGCAAGUACACCGGUACCCACAAGGAGCGCUUUGAUGAAAGUGGCAAGGGCAAGGGGAUUGCAGGACGGGAAGAAGUGACUGACAACACUGGCUAUGUGAGUGGCUACAAGGGUGCUGGCACCUAUGAUAAGAAGAAGUAGAGAAGAGCCUCAUCUUAGCCUGCCCUGACCCUUCAUCUUUAACACCAGGGAGCUUGAGAAGCAAUAAACAUCUGUGUGUGCAGCA